CUGUGAACAGGUGAAAUCAGAUCGGAAGCGAUCUGAAACUGACGACUGUUGUCGGGGUAGACAGAAAACUCUUGGGUGCCAUCUGAGAGAAAAAAAAUGGCUGCUGCAGAAGAUGGUCAAAGAGUAGAAGUAGUUAGAGGCCAAGUAUUUGAAGUGGGGCCUCGAUACAAUUCUUUAUCGUACAUCGGCGAGGGUGCAUAUGGCAUGGUCGUGUCUGCUGUAGACACUACUACUAAAGAAAAGGUAGCUAUUAAGAAGAUUUCGCCCUUCGAGCAUCAAACUUAUUGUCAGAGAACUCUGCGAGAAAUCAAGAUUCUUACUAGGUUCAAGCAUGAGAAUAUCAUUGAUAUACGGGAUAUCUUAAGAGCUCCCACAAUUGACCUGAUGAAAGAUGUUUACAUUGUGCAGUGUUUAAUGGAGACAGACUUAUAUAAGCUUUUGAAAACUCAGAAGCUUGGAAAUGAUCAUGUCUGCUACUUUUUGUACCAGAUUUUGAGAGGAUUGAAAUACAUCCAUUCUGCAAAUGUUCUGCACCGAGAUUUAAAGCCGAGUAAUCUGCUUUUGAAUACAACUUGCGACUUAAAGAUUUGUGACUUUGGAUUAGCUCGAGUUGCAGAUCCAGCUUAUGAUCACACUGGUCUUUUGACAGAGUAUGUGGCUACAAGGUGGUACAGAGCACCAGAGAUUAUGUUGAACAGUAAAGGUUACACUAAAUCGAUUGAUGUGUGGUCAGUGGGUUGUUGUUUAGCCGAAAUGCUAUCUGGGAGACCUCUUUUUCCUGGCAGGAACUACCUUGAUCAACUGAAUCAUAUUCUGAACAUUGUUGGCUCACCAUCGCAGGAAGACAUGUAUUGCAUCAUAAAUGAAAAAGCUCGCACCUAUUUGCAAUCUUUACCUAGGAAACCCAAAGUUCCAUGGACAAGUCUUUAUCCUAAUGCUAAUGUCCAGGCUUUGGAUUUGUUAGAUAAGAUGCUCACAUUCAAUUCUCACAGGCGAAUAACAGUUGAAGAUGCUUUGAGUCAUCCAUACUUUACAGAGUAUUAUGAUCCUGAAGAUGAGCCAGUAGCAGAGGAACCUUUCAAGCUAGAGAUGGAGUUGGAUGACUUACCCAAGGAGCGCUUAAAAGAACUCGUUUUUGAGGAAACUGUUGCUUUCCAACAGAGAAUGCAAGCAGAACAGCAGCAGCAGGCACAGGCACAAUAAAGGAUGUGUUACAGUGAUAAAUGUUGGUGCUAGCACCAUGUUCCAGUGCUGAAAAAAAAAAUAAUGAAUUCCUCUCCUUGGAUUCCCCCAAGUAUCUUAUGAAAAUGAGUGACUGAUAUCUUAUUUGCGUAUGGCCUGGUGCCUGUAUGCAAAACUGCUUAUAAAUGUGAUGUACAGUUUUCGUAUUUUUCUCUUAUCACUCUUUCUCUCUCUCUCUGCUCUGCAUUGAUGGACCACAAAAUUGAUAAAAACUGUGAUUAGGUAGCAUUUAAAUGAUCACAUCUUUUAUGUUUGAUUGUAGCUGUGUUUUGAUUUUUACUUAGGGUCAUUCUUCCCCCAAGGUCUGAGUGACCAGAUGUUAUCACGAGGGGAUGUGCAAAUAUUGUGCGUGAUUUAUCAAUGUGCUGUUUCAGCAGUGCAGGGUGUCUACUGAUACAAGGAAACAAAUGAAAUUCCGCACUUUUUUCUUUAUUGUAUCAAUAUUUUAUUUCUGAUUUAGUUUGUAAUUUUUCAUUCAUUGAUGUGGUCUAUUAGUAUGGUUUAACGCAGCAAUUCUGAAGCUAUGAGUUGCUACUGCAACUGAUGUUAAUGUGGUAAGUAUAAAAAAUACUACAUCACUUCUGGUCAUAUUCAGUGUUAUCUUGUAAAACUAAGAAAGAUUAUUGUAAUUUGUAUCGAUUUUAGUAUGAAUGAACCAAAUGAAUUUUAUUUUUCUUGAUUAUGGCUUUAUUUUAUUUCGAUUUCUUGUAUCAGUGAAGGUGUCUUAUGAUUGUAACAGAUUCAGCAUAAGCUUUAAAUUGCUUAUUUCAGAUUGCUUGAGAAGUCUGUGUACUAUCUUGAAAAUGUUUUUGAUGCACCUGGGCUUUUAUUGAAGUUAACAAUAACUGUUGUGUUACCUUUAUAUACAUGUUCCUUGUACUUUUUAAAAAACACCUUUUGAUGUUAUUUGCAAUUGUUGUCAAGAAUAUUAUCUCUGGAUAUUUGGUAAAUCUCCAGCAAGAAGUAUUGAAAUUGGUGUAUAAAUUGUAAUUGAUGUACUCGUUAUUUAAAAAGUUAUCUUACUGUAAGGUAAACUUUUUGACUUGCAAAUGUACUUGUGUAUGUUAGUCAGUAGACUCCCUGUUAAAGAGCUGUUGCUGUCAUCAUGUAUAUGUGACACUCAUGCUAAUUGUUUAUAUAUUUAAGAGUAUAGUGAAUUUGCAUCAUGUUGUUUAUUUGAUAACAUAAAUGUAAGGUUAUUAUACCUUUUGUUACGUUGUGCGAUUCUUAACAUAGAAUCAUGAGACAAGAUAAAAUUAUUAACAUUUUUUUAAUCUAAUCAUAAAAUUAAAAACACAUUUGGAGAACUUAUGAAUACCCUCUCAAUUAUUAAAAAUCUUCAACGUACUGAAAUUAUCUUUCAGUUUGUAUUUAUUGAUUUUUCUUGUGAAAUCUUUUUUAGCUUUAUGGUUUUAAAGAGAAUUUAAAAAUUAUAUUUUUCAUUGCAUACGUAUUUUUUUUUUAUUAGUAGUAAUUAUGUCUGAUUUUUUUUUUUAAUUGAUUAUGGUGUAAUUUUUUUUAAGUAUAUAACGGCAAUUUUACAAAUCCUAAGUAAAUAUUAGUAGGUCUGUUGAGUAUUUUUCUGUUUUGUUUAUUUAAAUAGAUUUCACAUUUUAUAAUGUAUGCCAAUUUUAAAAUGAUUUUGCAAAAUUUUACAUAAACGAAUUAUCUAACUUUUGUUGAUAGUAUUUAAUCAAGAAAGAGCAGCAGACUUCCAUUAAAAUCUGGUGUCGAACACUAUAUUGAUACCUUAACUUCGGAUAGCUUCAAAACAGAGUGCUAAUCUUGAAAAAUAAGGAUAUUUGCACUGAUUUAAAUAACAAAGAUAUUUAUAUAAAUGAUGUUUACACAUAUUAAGUAUAAACUUAACUAGAAAGAUAUUGUAAAACUGCACAUUGUAUAUUUAUGCAUUUGUAAUUACUAUUUCAUAAGUAUAUGUUUGAAUACCAUGAAUCUAAAAUUUAAUACCUAAGUUUAAUAUAAAUCUAAAAUUUCUUUUUGUUUUUAUUCUGUCUUAAAUAAUGAUUUUUCUUAAAUAUAAGAAUUUUUUUAUUUAAAGUACUUUUUCACAGCUUCUUAGUUCAUUAAAAUGUAAAAGUUUUUUUAAUGCACUUACUCACAAUUUUGACUUUAAGUAAAGCAUUUAUUCUGAAAGAAAAAAAAAAUCUUUAUUGAAAUAGUUUUGAUUCUUUGUCAUCUUUUAUGUAUUGGUAAAAUUCUUAUAUUAAAUAAUUGCCUUUUAUCAUCUGAACUACGUGAUGAAGUCAUUUUGGUUUUGUUUAUUGAACUUUUUAGAAACUUUUUUUUAAUAUUUUUGCAUUUAAAUUGUUAAAGUGUUAUAAAACUUCAGGCAGCAUUUAUUUUAGAGGAUAAAAAAGCAAAUUUUUAAAUAUAUAUCUUCAAAUCUGUGUUGUAACUAAGGUUUUUCAAAAUGUUCUUUUGAAUAAGAGAUAAAAGAAUGAUAAGGUUUAUCCUUAUUAUCAAUAAAGAAUGUUGUUAAGACACCAAAAUGAUAUAUUUUUUAAUCAGGAAAUUCGCAGUGCAUUGGAAAUUUUAUUAUUAACAAAGCUACUAAAUUCUUAAUGAAAAUAACUUCAAAUAUUUUUGGUUUAUAUGUUAUCAUAUAAUAUUCAGGUCUUAUUUAUAGAUCUAUGUAUGCAUUAUUGAAUUCAUUAAUUGCAGCAUUAAAUAAUUUAAGAUUUGUCUUUUUGAGCAGUUUCAGGACUUAUUAUUUGUGAAUUUGGUAAUUUUUGUUCCAUAAAUGCUUGCAUUUAAAUAAAUGAAAUUCCAUUGAAGUAAUUUUAAACUUUCAAACAUCUCUAACGGUAUAAAUUUGUCUUUCUAAUUGACACAAAUUUCUUUUAUAACUAUCUAUUAAGUUAUUUAUAUCUUGCAUGGUUUUUAAUGCAAAGUGGAAAUGUUUAUUUAGUAAAUAAUAUAUCCUUAUUCAGAUAAUUUCAUUCUUGAAAUUGCAGGUUUCAUUAUAUCGAUAACUGUUUUACAUUUCAGAAAAUAGUACAAUUUUAGUUUUAAAAAAUUUUAAGUUGUUUAAUGAUUUGCAAAGAAAAAAAAUUGUUUUUCUGUUUUCCCAAAUGUAAAUAUUUAAUUGACAUACUUUAAAGAUUUCCAAUUUUUAUAUUAUAAAAAAAAAAUACAGUUUUUGUUAUACAUUCAAUAUAUUGUAUGUAUAAAUUUAUUUGUACAUAAUUGUAUAUAAAUGCAUGUAAAUAUAUUUAUAUUCAUAAGAUGUCCUAUUGUAAACUAAUGUUAUUUGCUGUGUUCUAUCGUAAUUGUAUGGAUGUCAAUUCACCUCUCUUUCAAAUGUUUAUUCGUGUGAAAACAAAAAGCCGAUAUCACUCUUCUUCACUUUUAAGUAUUAUGCUAAUUAUUGUGAAUGUUGUAAUACCAACAGAGAUGUGUUCGUGGCAUUGUUUGAUUUUAAGUCAUGUUGUGCUUUAGAGUUUGGAACAUAAAUGUUGAAAACAACUCAUUUUAUGUAUGUCAAGUGUUUAUUAUUUUCAUUCAUAAUUCUGGAUCUUAGACAUUGAACUCAGUUUCUCUUUCGGCAAUAUGUAUUAUUAUUAUUAUGGAAUUUCUUAAGUGUUUUUGAUCAGAAAUAAAGUAAAAAUGUGAAUUUUUUUUCUCUGCACAAUAGUUGUUUUGACAUUUUUUGUAAUUUAAAAGCUAGAAAGCACAUACAUCUGGCUUUAGUUAAUUUUUAUUAUAUACUAGGAUACAAUUUUUUUUUUCAUCUACAUCAUAUUGUUUUGAGAUUUGAAUUGUGACUUGCAUAAGCUGUUUUUUUUUUAUAUUCAAAUAAUUUUAAAACAAAUUUCAGCUAUUAUAUUUUGGACUAUUUCAAAUGUUUUGUAAAAUAUUCAAUUUUGAUUUUAUUUUUCAGCUUGAGAUUAAACUAGGUUUUAUUAUAUAUUAUAAAUUUGGCAAAAAAAAAAUGGUACUCUACAACUUUUUAAGCAUUAAAUCACCAAAAAAUUUCCAUUCUCUAUAGUUUUGGUCUUUUUAAGUUUUUUAGAAACUUUUGUUUUCAUGACUGUAUGUGGUUCAUUGAAUUUUCAUGGAUGAAUCUUUUACUUUUUUUUUCUGAAGUAUUUUGAUAUAUUCUAAUUUUUUAUUGGAAUUUUAUUUUAAUAUUAUAUUUAUGCUUGCAAGAGAAAAUUAUUUACUGAAUUUUUUUUUUAUUUAUUUAGCAAUUUUUAACAUAAAAUCAUUAAUUUUAGUUUUAAAUUUUGUUAAGUGAGAUGUAUUUUCAUGAUUGAAUUUAUUUGUACCAACAAAAUAUUUUUUUGAAAUAUGCUAUGCAAAAUAAAAACCACCACAGAUUUGUAACAAUUUAAAAAAAAAAAAUUUCUUUAUUCACAUUUUUAUUUAUGAAAAUAACUAAUUUUUGAAACGUGGUUUUUAACACAACACUAUCUACCAAUAACCAUUAUUGCAUUUUCUUGUGUGUGUCAAAAGUUUUAAGUAGCUUUUAAAAUGAUGUUCUACAUUUUUUUUUUUUUUCUCCUUUUAAUUUUGUUACUUGAUCGAAAUAAAAAUUGUUAAAUUUUAUACAUUAGCAAUAAGAGAUUUUGUUGAAGAACAUGAGAUUCAUUCCCUUUUGCAAUAACUGAACUAAAGCAAUAGUUGGAUCUACUAUGUUUGUUCUUUGCAGCCAAUAUAAUUUGAAAUACACAUGGUGCUCAUGGAAGUAAAUGAGUAAAAAAUUUUGUUAAAAUGACCUGAUUAAGGGAUAAGCGAUUUGUUGGUCAUAAUUGUUGUAAAGUGUAAGAGUACAAUAAAGUUUACUAUUCCAA